AUGUCGACACAGUCGUACUACAAGGACCGUCUCGGGUUCGAUCCCCGGGAGGCACUGUACGACAACAACAAUGGCGAGGUCCAGGGCGGCUACGAGGACGCGCUGACGCAGUUCAAAGAUGAACGAGAUGCCAUACAGAAGAAAACUUUCACAAAAUGGGUCAACAAACAUCUGAAAAAGGCCUCCCGACGAGUUGAUGACCUAUUUGAGGAUCUGCGCGAUGGACACAAUCUUCUUUCUCUCUUGGAAGUAUUAUCUGGCGAACAUCUUCCAAGGGAGAAAGGAAAAAUGCGCUUUCACAUGCUACAGAACGCCCAGAUGGCGCUGGACUUUCUGCGGUACAAAAAAAUCAAAUUAGUCAACAUUCGGGCGGAGGAUAUCGUCGACGGAAAUCCAAAACUAACGCUCGGCCUGAUAUGGACCAUCAUUCUGCACUUCCAGAUUUCCGACAUUGUCGUUGGGCAAGAGGACAAUCUGACAGCCCGCGAGGCGCUGCUUCGCUGGGCCCGCCGCUCGACGGCCAAAUACCCGGGCGUCCGGGUGAACGACUUCACCGGCUCGUGGCGGGACGGUUUGGCGUUCUCGGCGCUCAUCCACCGGAAUCGGCCCGAUCUGAUCGACUGGCGAGAAUCACGAUCGCGCCGACCGCGGGAGCGGCUCGAGAUGGCCUUCCACGUGGUGGAGAAGGAGUACGGCGUAACGCGGUUGCUCGAUCCGGAAGAUGUCGACACAAACGAGCCAGAUGAGAAAUCGAUGAUCACCUAUCUGAGCUCGCUGUACGACGUGUUCCCGGAGCCACCGCAGAUGCACCCGCUGUUUGACAUGGACUCGCAGAGGCGCGUGCAGGAGUACCGUGAGCAGGCCCAGCAGCUGCUCUACUGGUGUCGCGAGAAGACUUCGCUGCUGCAGGAGCGUGCCUUCCCAACCACGCUGAUCGAGCUGAAGCGACUGCUGUCCGAUCUGAACCGGUUCCGCACCGAGGAGGUUCCUCCGCGGCAGCGCGAUAAGCAGCACCUCUUCGCAAUCUACAAGGAGCUGGAGAAGUACUUCGAGUCGAUCGGCGAAGUAGACGUCGAAACGGAGCUUCGUCCGGAGGCGCUCGAAAAGGCCUGGCAUCGCCUGAUGUCGGCGCUGGCUGACCGUGAUCUUAUCCUGCAGCAGGAGGUGCAGCGGCUCGAGCGGCUCCAAAAGCUCGCCGAGAAGGUGCAACGGGAGUACAAGCACACCGAGACGGUGAUCACGAAGAUCGAAACGCGAAUCUCAGAGGAAAGUCGGCGCAUCGAGCGGCUACAUCCGGUGGAAGCGAAGAAUAUCGUUGAAGGGCUCGAUGGCGACAUCCGGCUGCUCGAACAACCGCUGCAGGAGAUGAACGACGACUGCCACAACCUGAAGGACGGUCGCUAUCCGCAGGCUAACGAGCUGCACAAGAAGGUUACAAAGUUACACCAGCGUUGGUCACAGCUGCGGACAACAUUCCAUACUAGCCUAGUACAAAAACUGUCCGGUCUGAGCUACCCAGUGCAGGAGACGACCAUCACAAAGCAAACGCGCGUCGUCACGGAAACGCGACAAAUCGGCACCAAUCCGUACUUCCGGGACGUCCAGGAGUACACCGAAUGGUGCCAAUCGAAACUGAAACAACUGCACACCUCCGACUACGGUUCCGACCUGCCGUCCGCUAAAGUGGAGCUGGAGCGCCACCAGCAUGAGCACAAAGUGAUCGAUCAGUUCCACUCUAAAAUUGCCCAGUGCGAGCGGCACGUCGCUAACUUUACCGGCGAGGAGCAGCAGCUGUAUCGCCAGCGGUUGAGCCAGCUGCAAAAGGUGUACGCCGAGCUACUUAGCACCUCGACCAAACGGCUGUCGGACCUGGAUGCGCUCGUUGACUUCCUGGCCACGGCGACGGCCGAGCUGAGCUGGUUGAACGAUCGCGAACAGAUCGAAGUGAGCCGUGAUUGGGCGGAUAAGAACCUCGACCUGUCGGCGGUGCAUCGGUACUAUGAGAAUCUCAUGUCCGAGCUGGAAAAGCGAGAAAUGCACUUCGCAACCAUCCUGGAUCGUGGUGAAGCCCUGCUGGUGCAAUCUCAUCCGGCAUCGAAGUGUAUCGAGGGUCACUUGCAGGCGCUCCAGUCUCAGUGGUCCUGGUUGCUGCAGCUAACGCUUUGCCUGGAGGUGCACCUGAAGCACGCCACCGACUACCAUUCGUUCUUCGACGAGGUGCGAGAGGCCGAGAACUGGCUGACGAAGCGGGACGAGAUCCUGAACAGCAAGUACUCGCAGUCGGAGUUCACGCUUGACCAGGGCGAGGCACUGCUUCGUGGCAUGCAGGAUAUUCGGGAGGAGCUGAACGCGUUCGGUGAAACGAUUGCGCAGCUCCAGCACCAGGCAACCGCCAUCGUUCCGCUCAAGCAGCGCAAGCAGCCGGUGAAUCGCCAGUGUACGGUGCAGUCGAUCUGUUCCUACAAGCAGGGUAACAUUUCGCUGGACAAAAACGAAACCUGCACCCUGCUCGACACGUCUGGGCGCGUCAAGUGGCGCGUGAAGACAUCGAAGGGCGUCGAGGGGUCCGUGCACGGCGUUUGCCUGCUCCUGCCACCACCCGAUCAGGAAGCGAUCGAAGCUGCCGAACGGCUGAAGCGAUUGUUCGAUCGCUCGGUUGCGCUCUGGCAGAAGAAACAGCUUCGCCUGCGACAGAACAUGAUCUUCGCCACGAUCAAGGUGGUGAAGGGCUGGGACUUUGAGCAGUUCCUGGCGAUGGGAGCGGAACAGCGCACGGCGAUACGGCGCGCGCUAAACGACGAUGCCGACAAGCUGCUCGCUGAGGGCGACCCGGCGGAUCCACAGUUGCGUCGUCUGCGUCGCGAGAUGGAUGAAGUGAACCGACUGUUCGAUGAAUUCGAGAAACGUGCCAGAGCAGAAGAGGAGAGUAAACAGGCGAGCCGCAUCUUUACCGAGCAAUGCAUUUCAUUGAAGACGCGCUUGGAGGAGAUGGCUCGCGAACUGGACCAUAUCAUCCUGUCGCCGAUGCCACGCGAUCUGGACUCGCUCGAGCACACGGUACAGAUACUGGAAGAUUACAAGCGCCGACUCGGUGGUCUUGAGCCGGAUCUGAAGCACCUACAGGAAACAUUCCGUACGAUCACGCUGAAAACGCCCGCGCUCAAGAAGAGCCUUGACAACCUGAUGGACCUGUGGAAGGAAUUGAACACGCAGGCCGUCUUGCACGGUGAUCGACUGAAGCUGCUCGAGGGUGCCCUGGCCGGACUGGAGGACAACGAGCAGGUCAUCUCCGAUUUGGAGGGUAAACUGUCCCGCCAGCUGGAGCUCCCGUCGACACAGGACGGUCUAUACGAGGUGUAUAAACGGCUGACAACGAUCCAGGAGGCGAUCUCCAGCCAGCAGCCCGAGAUGGACAAGAUGAACGACUCGGCUGAUCAGCUCGGUCGUAUGGGUGUUCCGACGAAGGUGCUCGGAGAUUUGAAGCGCUUGCAUUCCAACGUAGAGCGUUUGAAUUUGCGCUGGAACAACAUCUGCGGACAGCUCGCUGAAAGAAUGCGCAGCGUUGAAACGGCAAUCGGAUUGAUGAAAAACUUGCAAACCAGCAUUGUCGUCGAGGAGACUUGGGUGGAAAAGCAGACGGAAAAGCUGCAGUCUCUUCCGACGGCAACAUCCGCGCGGGAGCUCGAUCAAGCAGUGAUCGAGAAGUUCGCUCUCUGUGAGGACCACCUAGCCAAGCUCCUGGAAUGGAUAACUCGCGUCGAGCAAGACAUCGCCGCCGUCGGUGGACCCAAGGAACGGGUCGACGAUCUGCGCAAUCAGAUCAACUCGCUGAAGCAAAUCAAGGAAGACAUCGAUGCACAGAGCCGGCCGGUUGCUUCAUGCUUGGAUCAAGUGCGCCAGUUGGUGCUGACCGGUGGAGAUGUGCUAAGCGCACCUGAAGUGUCCGCAUUGGAGACCUCGGGCCGUGAACUGCGUGCUCGCGUCGACAAAGCACAGGACCGCACUGGAAAGUUGCUGCGACGCCUUGGUGCUGCCCGCGACGAGCUGGGUAAACUGCGCACCGAGCUGGACACGUUCUCCGGCUGGCUGCAGACGUCACGCCGUACGCUGGAGGAGAAGGAAAGCACACUGUCCGAUCUGAACAAUCUGCCGUCGCAGUCCGACACGGUGAAGGAAUUCCACAGCGACGUUAUUGCGCACCAGGCCGAUCUGCGCUUCAUCACCAUGUCGGCCCAGAAGUUUGUCGACGAGUGCAAGGACUAUUUGGGUGUGCUGAAUGACUUCCGUACGACGCUGCCGGAUCGUCUGCCUCACAUUGAGCAGAUUUCCAGCUCGGACAGUCCGAUCCGCCAAGAGGUGUCUCUGGUGACGGCACAGUACCGGGAUCUGUUGAACCGGGCCAACGCGCUGUUGGAUCGUCUGGCUGGCCUCGGCAGUCGCCAGCGGGACUAUCAGGAAUCGCUUGAGAAGGUGCGCAGCUGGCUGCGGGAUGUGCAGCCACGUGUUAGUAGCGCGCUGUCCGACCCUAUCGCUGCGGACCCGCAGUCGGUUCAAGACCAGAUGAAUCAGACUCGAGCGCUCCAGAGCGAGUUCCUUUCACAAGGCCGUCUGAUCGACAACGUACAGUAUUCCCUCGAUGGGUUGCUUAAAUCACUUGCCGGCCGGCUCAGCCCGUCGGAGGUGUCCGCGCUGGAGAUUCCGGUGGAAGAGGUGAAGGACAAGUACAGCCAGCUUCUGGAGGCACUGGGAGACCGUGCCAAACUACUCGAUACGGCGCUGGUGCAAUCGCAGGGCGUGCAAGAUGCACUCGAUGGACUCGCCGUGUGGAUCAACCAGUCGGAGGAGAAGUUUAAGCUGCAGAACCGGCCCGCUUCGUUGAUCAAGGACCGGCUAAACGAGCAGGUUCGCGAGCAUCGUGGGUUACUGAACGAUUUGGAAUCGCACCGCACUAGCCUGGAGAGUGUGACGCUGUCCGCACAGGAGCUGAUGGCGACACCAUCGAACACUCGUCUAGCCAAGCGCAUCGAAAGUAACCUGAUCGAUGUGACCGGGCGUUUCGAGAAGCUGCUCGAUAAGGCUCUGAAGCGCGGAGAGUUCCUCGAGGACACGCUGUCUCAGCUGACGAAGUUCCUGAACGAUUCGUCCAACCUUGAGCAGGAACUGACCGCACUGAACGACGCACUGGAGGGCCGUGAACUUGUGUCGCUCCCGGCGGAGGUGUUGGCCCAGCGUAUGGUGGAACUGUCCCGUCUGAAGGGAGAUCUGCGUCCACAGUACGACGCCACCGUUCGUCUGGGUAAGGAGCUCGUGGGCAAACGUGAUGUUACCGACUCUGGUGUGGUACGAGAUUUGGUGAAAACGCUGGAGAACCUCUGGAAGACGAUGGACACGACGUUGGAGGAGAAGCUGAAGCUGUCCAAGCAGAAGGCCGAGCAGCUGCACGCGUACGAAGACCUCAAGGAGCAGGUGUUGGUGUGGCUGUCGAGUAUCGAGACGCGCACCAACAAUCUUGCCCCAGUGGCAGUGGACGUUGAUGCGAUCAAGUACCAGAUCGAGGAGGUGCGUCCCCUGGUGAAGGAGCACCGCGAGUAUGGCGUGACGAUCGAUCGCGUCAACGACUUGGGCGCGCAGUAUGACGCACUGAUUCGGCCAGACAGCCCCACGCGCAAGCGUUCGGUGUACAGCCCGAUCAAGCGCUCGACCGUGAGCCCUAUGCGACGCCUUUCGGGAGACACACGCUCGCCCAGCCCGACUAAGGGCGGUGCCGGCGGCGGUCCAUCGCCGUUGUCGCCCGCGAGUGGAUCGAGCGGAUUCGGUAGCCGGCGCUCGUCCCAGGACGGCUUCCAGCUAACCGAUCUGACUCCGAUCCAGCAGCAGUUGACGGAGAUCAACAAUCGCUACAGCUUGGUCGGCGCCCGGUUGAACGAUCGUCAGAACGAACUCGACUCGGUGCGCGACGAGGUGCGAAAGCACGCGGACAGUCUGAAGACGUUGGCGAGCUUCCUGGACAAGAUUCACCGGCAAGUUCCGCGGGACGUUAUCAGCAACAAGGAGGAGGCGGAUCGCUGCAACAAACAGGCCCGCAAGAUUCUGGAGGAGAUGUACGAACGCCAGAGCCUUCUCGACUCGACCCGCGCCCAGGUGAAGGACCUGCUGAAGCGCAAACCGGACGUACAGGGUGCCGAACGGCUGCGCUCGGAGCUUGACGCCGUGGCGGACCGCUGGAAGAACCUGAACGACCUGUGCAAGGACCGCAUCACGUUCUCCGAGCAGCUGCGCGACUUCUUGGACACGCACGACAACCUGAACGGCUGGCUGGGUGCAAAGGAACGCAUGCUGACGGUGCUGGGUCCGAUUUCGUCCGACCCGCGCAUGGUCCAGAGCCAGGUGCAGCAGGUGCAAGUGCUACGUGAGGAGUUCCGCGGCCAACAGCCGCAGCUGAAUCACCUGCAGGAGGUAGGAAAUGCGGUGUUGGAGCACUUGCGAGAGUCCUCGCCCGAGGGCCAAGCCGUUUCGACGAAGCUUCGUAAUGUGCAGAAGAAGUGGGACGAGCUGGUGGCACGGUUGGAUGAGCGUGCGCAGAGUCUUGGUGCUGCCGCCGACAGCUCGAAGGAGUUCGACGCUGGGCUGAACCGGCUGCGUGAAGCGCUGCAGACGAUCAGCGACAACUUGGACGCGCUGCCGACCGACCGGGACCAUCAGGAGGCGUUGCGAAAGAUUGAAAAUCUCGAGCGACAACUCGAAGGCCAGCGACCACUGUUGGCCGACUCGGAAGCGGCUGCCGAGACGCUCUGCCGUGUGCUUAGCGAUCCGGCAUCGCGAGCUGACGUAAAUGCACGCGUGGCCGCCGUCGGCAAGCAGUAUCAGACGUUGCAGAAAAAGCUCGACCUGCGCAAGGCGGAGACGGACGCGGCACUGCGGGACGGACGUCAGUUUGCCGAGACCUGUGCCAAAACGCUCGGCUGGCUGUCGGGCGAGCUGGGUAAUCUGACCGAUCGGCUGCUCGUGUCGGCCCACCGACCAACGCUCCAGCAUCAGAUCGAUACGCACGAACCUAUCUACCGUGAGGUAAUGGGCCGCGAGCACGAGGUCAUCAUGCUGCUCAACAAGGGCCGCGAGCUGCAGGAGAAACCGGGCCAGACUCCGGACCGGACGGUGCAGCGUGAUUUGGAGAAAAUUUCCCAACAAUGGGAUCGACUUCGUUCGGCGGCCGUCGAUCGUCACUCGCGACUGCAGACGUGCAUGGAGCACUGCAAGAAGCAUGCGGCCGCUUCCGAGGCAUUCCUGGCGUGGCUGCGUGGAGCCGAGGACAAACUGGCCACACUGAAGCCGGGUGUGCUGAAGAAACAGCAGCUCGACCAGCAGCUGCGCGAGCUGCAAACAUUCCGCAGUGACGUGUGGAAACGAUCCGGCGAGUAUGAGACGUGCCGCAGCCUCGGGGAGACUUUCAUCGGUGCGUGCGACGUGGAUAAGGAGGCCAUCAAGGCGGAACUGCAGGACAUGCGCGAUCGCUGGGAGCGCCUGAACAAUGAGUUGCUGGCACGUGCACAAACACUGGAGACCUGUGCCAAGCGAUUGGGAGACUUCAACGAGGAACUGCGCGAUCUCGAUCAUGCGGUUGGACGCUGCGAAGAUCGGCUCGGAGCGCACGAUGCUCUUGGCGGUGCGGCGAAAGAUCCGAAGCUGCUGGAGCGAGUACGAGCUAUCAAGGACGAUGCAGGCGCUUUGCGUAAGCCACUACAAUCGGUGCGCAAGCUAGCGGGAGAGAUCGCAGGGGAGGCUCGCGCCGUUGGAGGCGAUGCGGACCACCUCAAGACGGAGGUGGAUGGCAUUGCGGAUCGCAUCGAAGACUUGCAUGCCCGCCUGGACGACCGUUGCGGUGAGCUUCAGUCGGCGGCCACGGCCGUCGCGCAGUUCAACGAUCAGGUAAAACUUCUCGGAGUGGAUCUCGGUGAGCUGGAGAACCAUCUGGACUCGCUGGCCCCACCGGCACGUGAGAUAAAGCUCGUGAUGAACCAGCUCGACGAGGUGGCCGGAAUACUGGGCAAGAUAGAUCGUGUAGGAGCGCACGUCAGCGAGGUUGAGCGUGCCGGUGAACAGUUGGUCGACUGCGGGUUUGCGCCGGAUACGGCACAGACACGCGAUCAGAUUGGUUCACUCCGCAAGCAACUCGGACGGCUCGAGAAUCGUGCCCGUGACCGCGAUGAUACACUACAGCGUGCGCUGAAGGCGCUGGAGAAAUUCUACGACAUGCACGCUCACGCGCUGGAAGAUCUGAGCGAGGUGAGCGACGAGCUGCGUAAGAUGAAACCGGUCAGCUCGGAGCUAGAACAAAUCCGCAACCAGCAGGAUGAUAUGCGCCGCUUCCGGCAGCGCGUUGUCGAUCCGCUGGCAGGCAAGAUCGACGAGAUCAACCGAGCCGGCCAGGAGCUUAUCCGGUCUGCCCAGGGUGGCGUUCCGACGGCGAUCCUUGAAAAGGAUCUCGAGAAGCUGAACGAGCGUUGGAGCGAGCUGAAGGAGAAGAUGAAUGAACGCGACCGGCGGCUCGAUGUGGGUCUGCUGCAAUCGGGCAAGUUCCAGGAGGCGCUCGACGGGCUCUCGCAGUGGCUGAAGAACACCGAAGAGAUGGUUGCGAACCAGAAACCUCCAUCGGCGGACUAUAUGGUCGUGAAGGCGCAGUUGGCGGAGCAGAAGGUCUUGACACGGCUGUUGUUCGAUAGGCAAGACUCGAUGUCUUCGUUGUUCCAGCUCGGCCAGGAGGUGGCCGCCGGUUGUGAUGCCACCGAGAAGGCCGCCAUCGAGCGCCAGCUGAAGGAACUGAUGCGUCGUUUCGACGACCUGACUGACGCAACGCAGCGCCGCACGCUGGACCUCGAACAGGCGAUGCAUGUGGCGAAGCAGUUCCAGGACCAGCUUGUGCCGCUCACCAAGUGGCUGGAAGGAGCCGAGCGAGCCGUCAAAGCGAUGGAGCUGGUGCCGACGGACGAGGAGAAGAUCCAGGCACGCAUCCGCGAACACGAGCAACUGCACGACGAGAUCCUCUCGAAGAAGCCAGACUUCAGCGAGCUCGCCGACAUUGCCGGGCAGCUGAUGGAGCUGGUGGGCGACGAUGAGGGUGUAACGCUGAGCGAGAAGGUCAAAAACGCCACCGACCGGUACACGGAUCUGGUGGUUGCCAGCGAGAACAUCGGUCACGUGUUGAACGAGUCCCGGCAGGGUCUGCGCCAUCUGGUUCUGACCUACCAGGAUCUCGUGUCGUGGAUGGAGAAGACGGAGAGCCGGCUCGCACGGUUCAAGAUCAUUCCGGUGCACACGGAGAAGCUGCUCGAGCAGAUGGACGCGUUGGUGGUGCUGAACGAGGAGAUCGCCAGCCGCUCACCGAACGUCGAGUCGACGGUGGACGCCGGUUCGGAGCUUAUGAAGCACAUUUCGUCCGACGAGGCACUGCAACUGAAGGACAAACUGGACUCGCUGCAGCGACGGUACGGUGAGCUGACGACGAAGGGUGGCGACCUGCUGAAACACGCCCAAGACGCCCUUCCGUUGGUGCAACAGUUCCACGACAGCCAUCUACGCCUGGUGAACUGGAUGCAAGCGGCCGAAUCGUCCCUGGCAACGGGUGACGCGAACGAAUCCGACAUUGCUCGGCUGGAGGCGGAACUGUCGGAAAUCCGACCCCUUCUCGAGCAGGUGAACUCGAUCGGACCGCAACUGUGCCAGAUCUCGCCGGGAGAGGGUGCCUCGACGAUCGAGGGAAUCGUUACGCGGGACAACCGCCGUUUCGAGGCCAUCGUCGAACAGAUUCAGCGUAAGGCCGAGCGCCUGCACCUGAGCAAGCAACGUUCGAACGAGGUGACGGCCGAUAUCGACGAGCUGUUGGAGUGGUUCCGUGAUAUGGAUGCCACCCUGCGGGACGCUGAUCCACCGGCGAUGACACCGAAGUUGGUGCGCGCCCAGUUGCAAGAGCACCGCUCUAUCAACGACGACAUCUCGAGCCAGAAGGGUCGCGUCCGCGACGUCACUGCAGCCGCGAAGAAGGUUCUGCGCGAAUCGCAGCCAAACGACGGAACGAUGGCGCUGCGCGAGAAGCUUGAGGAUCUGAAGGAAAUGGUCGAGACGGUGGCCGCUCUUUGCUCGAACCGCCUUUCGGUGUUGGAACAGGCACUGCCGCUGUCGGAGCACUUUGCCGACUCGCACACCGGGCUGGUAGGCUGGCUGAGCGACAUGGAGCACCAGAUCUCGAUGCUCUCGAUGCCCGCCCUACGCCCGGAUCAGAUCGCGAUCCAGCAGGACAAGAACGAGCGGCUGACGCAGUCGAUUGCCGAACACAAGCCGCUGCUGGAUAAGCUGAACAAGACCGGCGAGGCACUGAUGGCGCUGGUUGCGGACGACGAUGCGGCCAAGAUUGGCGAGCUGCUCGACUCGGACAAUGCACGGUACGCGGCUCUGCGUACGGAACUUCGCGAACGCCAGAACGCACUCGAUCAGGCGCUGCAGGAGUCGAGUCAGUUCUCGGACAAACUCGAAGGAAUGCUCCGAGCGCUGCAGAACACGGCCGACCAGGCGAACCAGGCCGAUCCGAUCUCGGCACAUCCGCCGAAGAUUCGUGACCAGCUCGACGAAAACGCAGCCCUGGUGCAGGACAUCGACAAACGAGGCGAAGCGUUCGCGGCCGUUCAGCGGGCGGCCAGCGAUGUGAUCGCAAAGGCGACCAACCAAUCCGACCCAGCCGUGAGGGACAUCAAGAAGAAGCUGGACAAACUGAACGCCCUCUGGGGUGACCUGCAGAAGACGACAUCAAAGCGCGGCACUGCGCUGAACGAUACGCUGUCCGUGGCCGAUCGGUUCUGGCGUGAGAUGCAGGCCGUGAUGGACACGCUGCGUGAGCUACAGGAGGCGCUCCAGACGCAGGAACCACCGGCGGCACAGCCGCAAGCCAUCCAGAAGCAGCAGGUCGCGCUGCAGGAGAUCCGCCAGGAGAUCGACCAGACGAAACCGGAGGUGGAGCAGGUACGACGCACUGGCAGCAACCUGAUGUCGCUCUGCGGCGAACCGGACAAGCCGGAGGUGAAGAAACACAUCGAGGAUCUGGACCACGCGUGGGACAACAUUACGGCCCUGUACGCCAAGCGCGAGGAGAAUCUGAUCGACGCGAUGGAGAAGGCGAUGGAGUUCCACGAGACGCUGCAGAACCUGCUCAGCUUCCUGGCGCGUGCCGAGGAGCGCUUCCAGAAGCUUGGACCGCUCGGCUCGGACAUCGAGGCAGUGAAGAAGCAGAUCGAGCAGCUGAAGCACUUCAAGGACGAUGUCGAUCCGCACAUGGUGGAGGUGGAGGCGUUGAACCGACAAGCGGUCGAGUUGACGGAACGUACCUCCGCCGAGCAGGCUAGUGCCAUCCGGGAGCCACUGAAUGCAGUCAACCGUCGCUGGGAGAACCUGUUGCGCGGAAUGGUCGAGCGUCAGAAGCAGCUGGAGCAUGCGCUGCUGCACCUCGGCCAAUUCCAGCACGCUCUCAACGAGCUGCUCGUAUGGAUCAACAAGACCGACGCUAACCUGGACGAGCUGAAGCCGAUACCGGGCGAUCCGCAGCUGCUCGAGGUUGAGCUAGCCAAGCUGAAGGUGUUGGCGAACGACAUCCAUGCCCACCAGAGCUCGGUGGAUACACUGAACGAUGCCGGGCGGAAGCUGAUCGAAAACGAUCGUGGUUCGCUGGAAGCGUCGACGACACAGGACAAGCUGCAGCAGCUGAACAAGCAGUGGCGCGAUCUGCUCCAGAAGGCUGCAGACCGGCAGCACGAGCUGGAGGAGUCGCUCCGGGAGGCGCAGGCGUUUACGGCGGAAAUUCAGGACCUGCUGGGUUGGCUGGGUGACGUCGAUGCGGUGAUUGGUGCGAGCAAACCGGUUGGCGGUCUGCCCGAGACGGCAUCGGAGCAGCUGGAGCGCUUCAUGGAGGUGUACAGCGAGCUCGAGGAGAACCGUGCGAAGGUGGAAACGUUGAUCGCGCAAGGUCAGGAGUACGUGCGCAAGCAGACGCAACUGCAAGUGUCGGCUAGCAAUCUGCAGCACACCCUACGCACGCUGAAGCAGCGUUGGGAUGCUGUCGUAUCGCGAGCGUCCGAUAAGAAGAUCAAGCUGGAGAUUGCGCUGAAGGAAGCUACCGAGUUCCACGAUGCACUGCAAGCAUUCGUCGAGUGGCUGACGCAAGCGGAGAAGCAACUUUCGAGUGCACCGGCCGUCUCGCGCGUACUGGAAACGAUCCAGCAGCAGAUGGAAGAACACAAGGUGCUGCAGAAGGACGUUUCGAUCCACCGCGAAUCGAUGCUGCUGCUAGACAAGAAGGGCACACAUCUGAAAUACUUCAGCCAGAAGCAGGAUGUUAUUCUGAUCAAGAAUCUGCUCGUAUCGGUGCAGCAUCGCUGGGAACGGGUGGUGGCGAAGGCAGCAGAACGCACCCGAGCUCUCGACCACGGUUACAAGGAGGCCCGUGAGUUCCACGAUGCCUGGGCUCAGCUGACCACGUGGCUGAAGGACACGGAGAAGACUCUCGAUACGCUGGCGGAAGAGACGAGCAACGAUGCGGUGAAGAUUAAGAAGCAUCUUGAGAAGCUGCGCGAAAUCCAACGGAACCUGCAAUCGAAGGAGAGCCUGUACGACAGCACGAUGCGUAGCGGCAAGGGUCUGAUGGACCGUGCGCCUAAGUCCGACGAGCCGGUGCUAGUGAAGAUGCUGGGCGAGCUGAAGGACGCCUGGAAGCGCGUUUGCCACAAGAGUGUCGAGCGGCAGCGCAAGUUCGAGGAAGCGCUACUUCUUUCAGGUCAGUUUGCCGACGCACUGCAGGCUUUGCUCGACUGGUUGCGCAAAACCAAGGCACGGCUGGCCGAAGACGGGCCCGUGCACGGCGAUCUGGAUACGGUAACGACGCUCGUCGAGCAUCACCGGCAGCUGGAGUCCGACCUGGACAAGCGAUCGGCGCAAAUGCAAAGCGUAAUGAAGACCGGACUCGAGCUAGAGCGCUCGGAUGAGACGCGUGAGACGAGCAAGCAUUUGAAGGAAAUGCAGCGGCUCUGGGACGACGUGCAGGAGCUUAGCAACCGGCGCAAGAGUCGACUUGAUGUGGCGCUGAAGGAAGCGGAACGCCUGCACAAGUCCGUCCAUAUGCUGCUCGAGUGGCUGUCGGAGGCAGAGCAGAAGCUACGCUUUGCCGCUGCCGCCCCGGAUGACGAGUCGCAAGCCAAGGACCUGCUGGACGUGCACGCUAAGUUCAUGAAGGAACUGCGCGAGAAGGAGUACGACAAGGAAGACACGAUCGGCCUGGCCAACAGCAUCCUUGGCAAGGCGCACCCGGAUGCCAUUCCCAUCAUCAAGAACUGGAUAUCCAUCAUUCAGUCGCGCUGGGACGAAAUCUCGCAGUGGGCCAUCAGCCGGCAAACGAAGCUUGAACAGCAUCUGAAGGAUCUGCAGGAUCUGGACGAGUCGAUCGAGGAACUGCUGGCAUGGUUGGCUGGACUGGAGGCAACUUUGCUGAAUCUUGAAACGGAACCACUUCCCGACGAGAUUCCGCCGCUCGAGGUUCUGAUUGCGGACCACAAAGAGUUCAUGGAGAACACGGCGCGCCGCCAGGGCGAGGUAGAUCGUGCCUGCAAGCCACGACAGCCUCCGCCAGGUUUGAAAGAAACACGCAAACCAUCCCGUGGUGUACUGAAGACACCUGUCUUCAAGGGAUCGCGUGAUCAAGGUCUCAAUUCACGUCGUACAAGCCGCGUGAGUCCUGGACGCGAAACGCAAACGCCGGAGCGGGAUCGAUUGCCACAUUACGGUCCACGGUUUUCGCCAAGCAAUCAAGCGGAUACGGAACUCCGGUCGCCACGUGCCAAGCUGCUGUGGGAGAAGUGGCGGUACGUGUGGAUGCUGGCGUGGGAACGACAGCGCCGCCUGCACGACCACUUGCUCUACCUGCAGGACGUGGAGCGCGUCCGCCAGUUCAGCUGGGAGGAGUGGCGCAAGCGCUUCCUGAAGUUCAUGAACCACAAGAAGUCGCGCCUCACAGAUCUGUUCCGCAAGAUGGACAAGGACAACAAUGGCCUGAUACCACGGGAGGUGUUCAUCGAUGGCAUCAUCGGAACAAAGUUCGACACAUCCAAGCUAGAAAUGGGCGCAGUGGCCGAUCUGUUUGAUCGCAACGGCGAAGGCCUGAUCGAUUGGCAGGAGUUCAUUGCGGCCCUGCGACCGGACUGGCAGGACCGUAAGCCCAAGACCGAAGCGGACAAGAUCCACGACGAGGUGAAACGGCUGGUCAUGCUGUGCACCUGUCGUCAGAAGUUCCGCGUGUUCCAGGUUGGCGAAGGCAAAUAUCGGUUCGGUGACUCCCAGAAGCUCCGCCUGGUGCGUAUCUUGAGAAGCACAGUCAUGGUACGUGUCGGAGGUGGCUGGGUAGCGCUCGACGAGUUCCUGGUCAAGAACGAUCCUUGCCGAGCCAAGGGACGCACAAACAUCGAACUACGUGAGCAGUUCAUACUAGCCGACGGUGUGUCGCAGUCGAUGGCCGCCUUUAAGCCGCGUAUGUCUGGCUCGGCCGGUUCCGGAUCGAAUCAAACCAGCUCGCCGAUACCAACACAAGGUCCUAUUGUGAAGGUACGCGAACGUUCGGCAAAAUCGAUCUCGAUGUCGCGUCCUUCACGCUCAUCGCUGUCCGCCUCGACGCCCGAUUCGCUAAGCGACAACGAGAGCGGCCUCGGAACGCCAGGACGCUUCCAGACGCCGAACCGUAAAACAUCAGUGCCAGUUAGAUCUCAAAUGACACCGGGUGGCUCGAGGGCGAACUCUCGGCCCAGCUCCCGGCCGGCCAGUCGCGCCGGCUCGAAGCCCCCAUCCCGCCACGGGUCCACGCUGUCGCUGGACAGCACGGACGACGCGACCCCGUCGCGCAUUCCGACCCGCCGUCUCACACAAACGUCGACCCCGCGGCCGUCCCGACUGUCGGUUGGAUCCGUCUCGGGUCGCACCGGCAACACCACCACCACCACCACGAACGGGGUCUCAUCGAGGACGGCUUCCGGGGCCGCAUCGCCCGCUCCCACGAGGAACGGUGGCAUGAGUCGAUCAUCCAGCAUACCAACACUAAUCGGACUACCAAACAGCAGAAAAACGAGCGGAGCAUCGACGCCUUCCGGCAUGCAGACGCCCCGCCGAACGUCGGUAGAACCUGGCACGCCCGGCAGCACGACGACCGUGCCACGGCCGGAAAGCCGCAACUCACGCGGGGCAACCCCGAGCGAGAAGCGGGCACCGUUUCGGUUGUAAGAAAACCCCCACCCCUUUCCCCCGUCAACCAGUGCCACACAGGAUUAAACACAAGGGGAAGGUGCAGCACAACUAAAAGGCGGUCGGGUGUGUGCAAAAGUAUUAGGAAGUGAGCCCCAAUAACGCCAAUGAGAAGAAGAGCAUCCGCAUCGCAACGUGUACGUUCGUGGCCGGUGGAGACAAAUAACACCACCUCCCCCCGGUACACCCAGAGCCAUCGCUAUAAUCAUCCUGAUCGAAAACGAAAGUAGAGCAUUAAGACACGAACGAACCAAUUCCAAGCGAGGCCAAACAACAAUCGCCAAACAAAAGUGUGCGAACGUUCUUCUCAAGGCACAGAAUUUUUAUGCAAUCGAUCUACAGUCAUAGGAACAAAUGAAAGUCUACGAUCGGACGUAGAGGAUACGAGCAGCAAGAAGUGAAAAGUUAAAUGAAAGCAACAAAUAAGAGGGCUACUUGCAGGGUGAUAGAAUUCUUGGUUUUCUAUCAAAUUAUUUUUGAUUCUUUAACAGUUUUGAAACCAAGCGCCUUCGCAUUACAAAAAAAAACCAUAGACCACAGAAGGUUGAACCAGUGUAGGAACUAAAGUCAACAGUGCAUUGUGGGGGGAAAUGCCAGAAAAUUGUUAACAGGAAGUUCUAAACUAGGUGUUGCCAGUUAUGCCAGAGCUUUUCUUUGCUGAAAACGUUAAAGUAAAGUAGUUGUGAAAUAUAACUAGAAUUCGUAUGCUUGGAAGCAAAAACAUACAUCUGCCCGGAAGAUCAUAGUAUUGCGUCGUUUGUGUGCGGGGUUUGAAGGUAAAAAUCGCCAGUUUUACCUUCACCGAAGCUAGGACGACGCCCAAGGAGAAUAGCAACAACGAUCCAUCCGGCACAAAACCCAAGCAUCAUUCCGUUUAUUUCACGAAGCAAAAUUAUGCCUCCGACCGUUGGUUUGGCAUUCUUCUGUUUUGUUGUUUUUUGUUCUUGUUCAUCGAUUUUAUCGAUGCUUUUCGUUUCAUAUUUUUAUGUUCUUCACUCUUUAGCUAUCAUAUGAAAAAAAGGAAACAAAUCAAUUAUUUAUUGUCACAUUAAUAUUUUUUCGUUCUAUUCCAAUCCUUGAUCCGAUAGGACUCGGUAGAAACUAAACUAAAACACCAAAUCGCAAACAGGUUCUUGAAAAAGAAAAUCGCGUCGCGCAACGAGACGGAAAAGAUCGCCAGCUUUUCCACCGUUUGUGGUCGAGUUUCUUUUUCAACGGUUUCCAAGCGAUAGUUACAUCGGACGACAUUUACCUAGAUAGGGAAGAAAUGAAGGAAACAUUAUCGAUCAGGGAGGGAAGGAGAUAGCCUUUCGUGUGAGGUUCCGUUGCUUUAUCUGAAAGUCUAGAUAGAAAAGAAAAUGCGCGCGGGAUUGAGAAAAUCGCCAGUUUUUCGAUUCCGCGCCGAAUGUUAACGAAAGGUUACCCCCGAGCUUCAACUAGAAUCUCCUAACCUCUUCUUUUACCGUGCUUGUUAACUACUCGGUACGAUGGAAGAAUAUUUAUUACCGAACAGAACAGAGUAAAUAUUCGAAAAUGAAUGCAUUGGUUCUGCUAGGGGUUUUCUUGUCUCAAGGGAAAACCCAAGAUGCAGCGGACUGCCGUGAGCCAAACGAUGAAUGAACGACAGCUGGGCCACCGAGAGCCAUUAUGAUGGAAACGUUUUGAGAAGGACAGAGUAUUGAUUUGUUUAUUGUUUUAUUUUCUUUACGUCUUAACAUUCAUGCGUCUUUAUUUGUUUUUUUUUUACAAAAAAUCGUUGUUAUAUACAAUUUUCGCAAUCGAUGCGUCCCGCGAGGCGAACGGAAUGCCGCUGAAUGGGCACGGAUGUGGAAAGCAUCUGUCCCCGCAUACCCGGCGGCUUCCUUCGGUGUCGAUUUCAACAAACAAAAAAGUCAUUUAGUCCUUAAGCGCAGGGUAGGGAAGGAGCGACGGCGAAGCAAGGAAAGCAAGCGAGCAGGAAUUAAUCAUUAAACACUAAUAAAAGUAAUUACGCGCGCCGUGUUCGAUAAAAUAUAGUAACAAACGUAGUGAUAUAAGCGAGGGCGAUCCGGACGGCGACGGACGAUCGAAAAACGACGACUAACUUCACAAAGCUAAUGAUUUUCUUUUCCAAUCGCGCCGAUUGUUCAUUAUCUUUUUUUUAUAUAAUUGGCUUUCCCUGCGUUGGUGGCAAAGUGUAACGUCGAGCCCGACUAUAAUUCCAUUUACAAUUGCUGCGCAACCGUAAGGUUUCCUUUCCCCCCGCAAAAUUAGCUCCCCCUUUGUAAUUAUAUACAUACACUUAACUUUAAACCCUAGUACAUAAUCUCGUAGCGCGCUCUGUUGUUCAGUAGAUUAAUAGAUUUUUUUUAGAAAAAACAAGAAGAAAAAAACAAAAAAAUACACCCACACCCAAUUGCUCUCCAUUCGGAGGAAAUAAACGAUUAACUCUAGCUUAUUUGUAACUGUAACAAACGAAAUUGACAGAAAUAAAGAAAAGAAUUAAUCUAACCACCGCUGUUUUACUAUUCAGAAUGCAGUGAAGAA